UAGGUAUCAAUAUUCUAUUUCCUUGUAUUCUACUAUCUAACUACAAUGACGAGUGCUGAGGUUCCAAAGCAGUCAGAAAAAUGGUUGUCAUCGUCAUCCUCAAGGUUCAAAACCAAGAAUCUUAAACUAUCAAGUAUCACUGGCAGUCUUAAAAGAUCGCUCUCCUCAUUAUCAUCAUCUUCUUCUUCACCGAGAAAUACUACAACUCCACCGUUAUCGUCACCCGUUCGAGAUAAUAUUUUGUCUACCAAAGAAAGAAAUGGUAGUAGAAACAGUAACAAAGAAGACAGGUUUAAAGAAGUUUUUCGUUAUUUUGAUGGAGAUGGUGAUGGGAAGAUAUCGAGUUUAGAACUACGUUCUUAUUUCGAGUCGAUAGGAGAGUCUCUGUCACACGAUGAAGUUCAAAGUGUGAUUAAUGAUCUUGAUAGUGAUGGAGACGGUUUGUUAAGCUUCCAAGAUUUCAUGGUUUUGAUGAUGAAACAACCAUCACCACCACCGUCUAAUGGUGGUGGUGCUAGUGCUAGUAGUACUGAUGCAGUUGUACAUGAUAACGUUGAAGAUCUGAAAAUGGCGUUUGAGAUGUAUGAAGCUGAGAAAGGGUGUGGAUGCAUAACACCAAAGAGCUUACAACGCAUGUUAAACCGGCUUGGGGAGGACAAAUCUUACCAACAGUGUGUUUCCAUGAUACAAUGUUUUGAUCUCGACAAAAAUGGAACACUUGAUUUCCAUGAGUUUCAUCAGAUGAUGGUUUAAUCUCAAAAUGCAUCCAGUCUAUCACUCUUUUAUCUCUGCGUAUUUAUCGCAAAUGAAGUAUCGAAUGCAAGUUCUAUAUUUAUAGAGGGAAGAACUGCCGGGACCUAAAAUCCGACGCCUGGAAAUGCAAGUUCUAUAUUUUUAGUAUACUUGAGCCAUCAUAAUUUACAAAUUGGGUUUCAAAUCUGACGAGUUCAAUGCAGAGACUGGUUCUUAUUGA